UCGCCCCAGGAGCUGGCCGCGGCCCGAGGCUGAGCCACUGCUGAGCUCAGAGACCGUGGCUGGCUCUGGCUGGCUCUGGAAAGGAGAUGCUGGGGGGGAGGGGGGAGAUUUUCCAGCUGCUUUCCGGUGCAGAACUCCUGUCCUGCCACUCCCGCUCCCCUCUGGUUUGCUGCCUUUCCUCGGCCUGGCCCCCGGGCCGGCUGGCUGCCUCGCUCGAGACUCUGACCCUGCUCCUCUCGGUUCAGGCUCACGGGUUUCCCACACACCCCGUCGGCAGCCGCUGGAUUUCUGGAGCUGGGCAGCUGCCGGUUUCCUUAGUGAUGAGCUCUGUUGCUUGCAGCAGGGGCCUCCUCCCCGUGGCCUAAGCCUGCCUCCCCAUCUCUGGCCCUGCUCCCUCCCGUUCCCGCCAGCUCUCUGCAAGGCGCUGAGCAAGAUAGUGACCCGCAGGCCGGGGGAGGCCUGGCUGAGGCUGAACUUGGCUGGCUCUCUCUGCCACACGCUCAGGCCAGCUCCCUCCCGCCUGCCUCGGUCGCCACCCCAGGCCAUGGCCUACGCCGGCUCCGCCGUCCUGGAGGGGGACGCGGCUGCCUUCGCCGCAGCCGUCAGGAGCCUCAUCAACAACCCGCAGUUCAGCGAUGUGACGUUCGUGGUGGGCAGGGAGAGGCAGGAGGUGUUCGCCCAUCGCUGCAUCCUCGCUUGCCGCUGCCAGGCCUUCCAGGGGAUGUUCAGCCAGCCCCAGCCUGAUGCCCAGGAGCCGUGGGCCCCCCCAGACCCCAUUGGUCCUCAGCCAUGUGCAGCCCGAGGUCUUCCUGGCCGUUCUCGAGUUCCUGUACACCAACAGCGUGACCCUCAACAGCUUCGUGGCCCUGGAGGUGCUCACCUCGGCUGUGGAGUACGGGCUGGACGACCUGAGGAAGUCCAGCAAACGGAGCCGAGUUCCCCGACGUGAUCUCAGCGGAGCCCGUCGGCGCCCCUGGGCAGCUCAGAAAGUGCAGAGGUUAUGAAAAGUUACAGCAGAACCUCCGAGUUCCGG